AUGACCACGGGGAUGAUUCUGAAGGUGCAGAAAACAGGCCCUUCUGUCGGAGGAGGCCACCAGCCCCCUCGCUUCCAUCGCCUCCGUCGAGAGUCCCUAGGCCUGUGGGGACCUGAGGAGGAGUCCCAUCUGCUGGCAAGCCAGUGGCCAGGCCGGCCCAAAGUCUGUCCUGGGGACAAGAGUGGUCCUGGAGGUCACAGAUUCCCAGAGCUUUCCUACCAGAAUUCUUCUGAUCAUGCCAAUGAAGAGUGGGAGACCGCUUCCGAGAGCCUCGCAGCUGAACCUGAAGCACAAGGGAAUGGUGGCCUCUCUGGGGACAGUCUGGGUGAAAAGAAAGAGCUGGCCAAGAGGAGCUUCUCCAGCCAGAGGCCCCUGGCUGACAGACAGAGCUGCAAGCUGGAGCCGGGAAGGUUUGGGGAGAAGCCUGUUAGGCCAGGUGGGGGUGAGACUUCCCCCCGCUGCGAGAGCCAGCAGAGUGGGACGUCUCUGAAAGUCAAAAGGUCUCCAGAUGAGGCCUUGCCUGGAGGCCUUGGAAGCCAUUCACCCUAUGCCUUGGAGAGGACCACUCAUGGCAGCUCUGACGGUUCUGAAACUACCAGUAAGAAAGCAGAGAAAGAGGUUUCUUUGGCUGCCCAGAGGGCUGGUGAGCAGGAAGAGGCCCGGAAGCAGUUUGAUCUGGGCUAUGGAAAUGCUAUCUUUGACAACUGUGGUUCCAGCCCUGGGGAAGAGAAUGAAGUAGGCUCCAUGGUGGGCGAAGGCUUCAUCGAAGUCCUGACCAAGAAGCAGCGCCGCCUGCUGGAGGAGGAGAGAAGGAAAAAAGAACAGGCUGCUCAGGUCAAAGGUCGAGGCCUUUCCUCACCGAUUCCUCCUCGCUUUGCUAAAAGGCAGAAUGGCCUGUGUCUGGAGCAAGGAGACGUGGCCGUGCCCGGCAGCAGCCUGGGCACUGAGAUCUGGGAGAGCAGCAGCCAAGCCCUCCCUGUGCAGGGCGCCGCCAGUGACUCUUGGAGGACAGCUGUCACUGCCUUCAGCAGUGCUGAGCCUGGCACCUCAGAGCAGGGUUUUAAGAGCAGCCAGGGAGAUAGUGGUAUUGACUUGAGUGUGGAGUCACGGGAGUCGUCUGUGACCUCCUCACAGCGCAGUUCCCCUUAUGGUACUCUCAAGCCAGAUGAGAUGAGUGGGCCUGGCCUGGCGGAAUCCAAGGCCGACAGCCACAAGGACCAAGCUCAGAAGCAGUCUGAGCACAAGGACUGACAAGGCUCUGCACAGAGCAAGGAACACAGACCAGGACCCAUCGGCAAUGAGCGGUCUCUGAAAAGCAGAAAGGGCUCGGAGGGGGCCGAGCGACUGCAAGAGGCCGUUGUCCCGCCUGUUAAUGGGGUAGAGAUUCAUGUGGACUCCGUGCUGCCUGUGCCGCCCAUCGAGUUUGGAGUCAGUCCAAAAGACUCUGAUUUCAGCCUGCCACCUGGGUCUGUUUCUGGUCCCGUGGGGAAACCAGUCACCAAACUUCAGGAUGUCUUGGCUAGUAAUGCAGGACUGAUACAGAGUAUUCCCAUCCUUCGGCGGGAUCACCACAUCCAGAGAGCCAUCGGCCUCUCCCCCAUGUCUUUCCCCACUGCAGACCUCACGCUGAAGAUGGAGUCUGCAAGCAAGGCUUUGGAAAACUCCCCCAGUUUGCCGGAGCAGAACUCUCCAGGCGGUGCAGGUUCGGGCAUCCAGCCUCCUUCCUCUGUGGGCGCCUCCAACGGGGUCAACUAUAGCUCCUUUGGUGGUGUGUCAAUACCGCCCAUGCCUGUGGCUUCUGUAGCGCCUUCUGCUUCAAUGCCAGGCAGCCAUCUCCCACCUCUGUACUUGGAUGGCCACGUUUUUGCAAGUCAGCCCCGACUGGUUCCUCAGAGGAUACCUCAGCAACAGAGUUACCAGCAGGCCGCCACUGCCCAGCAGAUCCCGAUAUCCCUUCAUGUGGAAAGCCGCAAUAACAUUUGCCAUCACAAGAUGGCGCUGGCUUCCGCUGCGCCCCGCGUGAAAAGCCAGGAUAGCAUUCGCCAUUACAAGACGGUGCUGGCUUCCACUGCGCCAGCCCAA